GGCCUGGGUAAUCGUUACAGUUGCUAUUGUGUUUGCCUUGACAUCUGUACAUUGUGGCUAUCUUGUCAGUGGUUGCCCCUACAGGGAACCUUCAUCAUGUAACAACUUGAUAGUUAUACCUAACUGCAGCCAUGGGACGCAGAAAGUCGAAACGGAAGCCUCCUCCCAAGAAGAAGAUGACAGGCACCCUGGAGACCCAGUUCACCUGUCCCUUCUGUAACCACGAGAAGUCUUGUGAUGUGAAAAUGGACCGUGCCCGCAACACCGGAGUCAUCUCUUGUACUGUGUGCCUCGAGGAGUUUCAGACACCCAUCACUUAUCUGUCAGAGCCUGUGGACGUGUACAGUGAUUGGAUAGACGCCUGUGAGGCGGCCAAUCAGUAGCGACGUGGAGGAGGCCCCUCGGCGGCCCCGCCCACCGGGUCCCUUGGAGACCUUCCAGGAGUCAGGGUGUGGGUGCCGAAAGCCCCUCAUCGUGCCUGCGUGGACCGGUGUGGCCGUGGCUGUGGUGGCGUGAACGCGAUUGGGGCUCACAGAGCAGCCCCCCAUUUGGUCCAGUAAACCGAGAGCUGCUCCCUUUGGCCUUCCCUGGCUCUGGGGGCUCCCCGCCAUCCCCGGGUGAUUUCCCGGGCAAGGGACAGAUGUGGGACCUUCGCGCCCCCCUCGCUGCGCCCCCUGGACGGGGUGAACUGGACUUCCGGCCCCUCUCCUGCCUGAGCCCCGACUCCCCACCCCGUCCCCUGCCUGAGCUGGGAGUCAGAGCCCUGGGACCCGGCCGGCGCGGCCGGGAGUCACUCCGACCCGGGGCCCCCAGUCAUCUGCUUUUGUGGAGAAGGCGGAAGCUGGUUGGGAACAUAGUAGUCGGUCCAUAAAGCAGCCAAGCCAGUGCUGA